GAUCAGUGAAAGCAGUUUUAUUUGAAUUCGUGUCAAUACUAACAAAACUUUGUUAAACUUUAUUAAUCACAACUCAAUUCAUUGAUUGCAUUCAUAGCCCAAUGCAAUGCUAAGCAAUUGUGUGACAUCUAAAUCGUCGUCCCCCUCAUCGCCCGUCUCUAUGAUGUCUCCAUCCAGUCUUCACUCCUCACCACAAGCGUCGUCGUCGUACAGUCAGGACAGGUCUCCGGUGUCGAGUCCCUCGCGAGUCAACCUCCAGUCCAUUCCGCUGCUGAAGCCGUCGGCCAUAAAGGAGCCGUCGGUCCACUUCCCGCCCUCAACCAUACCGUCGAUGUGUUUCCCACUGCACGCCAUAUACGCACAGAAUCCCUAUUCAGGGAUCGUUGGCACCAAUCUGUCCACCUUUUUCUCGCCGCACGCCAUCGCCCGUCAAAUGUCUUUUCUGGGCAACUCUUUCCAACAUAACCUCUCAGGCAAACGAAUUCCUGCCGAAGAUUUUUCACGCUUUCCACCGGUCUUUUCGCCCCUCAAUACUGCACACAGGACUGCAAAUGCCAGCGCAUACCCCACCGCUAAACAGGGCUGUCUGUUCCCAUUCAAUGCUACCCAUACUUCAGGUGCUCAUCAUUUACACAAUACACAGAACAAUAUGUUUAACGCAUUAAAUAACGAAUUCACCACAUCUUCGCCACCAUUUAAACGCAAAAUGUUGAACAUCUCGGGAGACACCGACCUCUCGACCAAUGCUUCAAACGAGUCACUACUCCAACAACAGUCCUCCAUGGGCUCAAAUAGUUGGUGUCGGUCUCCAUCGCAUCCCCUGACGUGUCCUCUUUGCUCGAUAUCUCUGGAAGGAGUGGACAUCAGUCGACAUUUCAUUGAAGAGGUCCACAAAGUGGAGACCUUUAGAAAGUAA